CCAGCUCACCAGAAAUCAUGUAGCAGUUUAUGUUGGACGAAUAAGUUAAAACGAAGACGGCGAUAAAAAAGGAGAACUCAGCGAUAAAAUAGAAGAGAUAAUUUGGUAGUAACGUGGAAAAUAUAAGAAAUACCAAGGAAUGGCAAUUGAUUCGUCUACAAGGGUCAAGAAGGAUUCCCGGAAGGAUGAUGUUGCCAAACAGGAACGUUGGGCAGUGAGCACUAACAAGGCACUAUCUUGCAAGCUGGUGAACACGUGCAAGGCUAUCGACACUGCAAGAGAGUACCAGUGCAAAGUUUUCGACAUUGAGACUAAAGCUAUCAAGAGAAAGUGGAAAUCUGUCAUCAAUAGGAAGGUAGAGCUAAUGUUUGCGGAGGGAUACAUACCGCCAGGUGAUGUGAAACUGAGGUGUGCUCCGACGCAGAGAGAGAAACUACUUUAUCAGAGUGAUGAGUACACGUUGGGAGGCGAUCCACUCUAUAGACCUGCUUUAUACAGAAUAGUGGGUAGCUUACCAGUUUCGGAACACGAGUUACUACGAGAGUAUGCACGAGAACGAGUAUGGCGACCCCAAACUGCAGGACCCCGGCUUCUAACCACCCCGAACAGAGCCCCCUCCUCUUCCUCCGCAAGCAACAGAACCCGUAACAUUAGAUCCCAUCUAAGCAGCAGAGCGGCACCCCCGGCUAUGUUACAGAGACCACUCAGUUCAGCUGUUCCCGUUCAGAGGUCCAAGAAGACAGUUCAGAGGAUUACCAGUGCGCGAGCUUGAGAAGAGUUUAUGUUGGAUUUUGAUUUUAGUUAAGGGUUGAUUAUUAGGGAAUGACUGUAUUGAACUCCUUACAUGCUGCGAUAUAUCAUUUCUUUAAUCAGCCAAUCGGGGAGCUGUAUUUUAGUCACGUGGCAUCAACCAACCAAUCAGAGAACUGUGUUCGAGCCACGUGAUUAGCUGGAGAUAAAUCGAUUGUUGGUCCAAACAUUUGUAUAGUUUAUAAAUGUAAAAGUAUAAGUGCACGAUCAUUUAAAAAGUUUAUGCGAGUGCAUAAUAAAGCUACAAAUUAUGUGAACAAGCAACGUGUGCUUGAUAAAGGGCAAGCAAAUAUAAAAGUAUAUGCACAGCAUUGUAACUGAAGUGCAAAGUGUUAUAUUGAUAAAUUAUGAUUCAUCUGUUUUACCAUAUAUCCAAUAUCCUGAAAUUGAGGUUUUCACGUGAUGCCCAAAUAAGGUAAUGAUAACGUUUCACCUAUAUAGUACAGCUGGUGUCCCAAAAAGGUGACCACGUUACGUUUAUUGAUAGCUCUGCUCAGAUUUAACCUAACGACUUAUGUGAGAUUUUCAAGCAAAUGAGUUAUUGAGUUGGUUAUCCAAACUGAGCACCAGAUGCAGAUCUCCACUUUGGGACCAAGCACAAGCCUUAAGCAUGAAAAUAAGAUUGAUAUCGGAUAUUUUUGAUUUUCAAAAACUUAAUUUGUCUAAAAAAACCUAAUUUGUCUGUCGAGGUCUGAAAGAUUGAUCACAGAAAUUAUCAAAUAUGUGAUAUGACGUGCUCUACCCGUUCUUGAAUUAUAAACACUUAUUACGUGGUCCUAUUUUUUGUUUCACGUGAUUAUACGGCUUCAAAUUAAACAAUAACGCCAUUAGUUUUAUAAUGAUGUUAAUUUUUGAUUUCGAUGUAAAUAAAC